UAUAGUAAAGGGGCGGAGUCUGGGCGGCUACUCACCUAGCAGCAGCUGUAGUGUGUAGAAGAUGCAACCGAAUAUGCUGUUGGACUGAUUGAGGACGCUAUCGGGACCCAGCAUGUGCUCCACCAGCCCGAAGCCCCGGCCCCACCUGGGGGAGGCGCGGCACCAGAAUUCCGGGUCCCAGUCUGUGCUGUUACUCGGCUGCCCACUCCGCUCCUCUGCACUCCGUCGUCCCGCUCACCCCAGGCCCUCAAGCACGGACAGCCCCGGCCACCCUGCUCCUGGGCACGACCAUCACCAGGCCCCUGGCGCCACCGUCAAGACAUCCUCGGUCCCCAGGCGCUACCCUACUUCCCUCUCCUGCCCGGUCACCGUUGUUUCUCGGCAUCCGGAUCCGCGGGCGACUCCCCACAAGAGCCCCAGUCCCCAGAACCUUCUACGUCCCUGUACCACAUGCCUAUCACCAGUGUUUCUGGAUAACCCAGCUCCUGUGCCCACCCGAUUCACCGACUCACACCCCCCGGAGCAGCUCCGGGAGCAUUCUGAUCGUGGACUCAUCUGACAGUCCGGCCGCUCUGCACAUCUGGGCCCCAUGCACCGCUUCAUGCCUACCAAUGCUGCGUAUACCUGGAGGAGAAGACUCGCGAACAGCUGAUGGCUGUGCCCACGUCGCAGAGCGCACGGUAAUUCUGGUCUCGGGCGCGCGCCGCCUUCACGUGCAGCGCGUAGAGGGAGAGCACGAAGCCCGCGAGGCAGAGCGCGAGCCGCGCCCGGCCGGGAAUCUUCCAGGUAGUGCCCAUGUCCGCGGGUUCCGCGGGAGGCGCCCGCUCCCCAGGAACCAGCCACGGGGCAGGAUACGACCACGCCCUCUCCCGCCCCUGUAACCGGGCGAUUGGCCUGCUGGGUCUCGCACUCCCUAAUCCAAUUGGUUGUUCCUCGGACUUCAUCGGCGUAAUGGAUAGGUAGGAAAACAGCGAGGAAUACUGGGACUGGUAAACCGGGGACGCGACUAGUCAGGUAAAGGCCGCCUGCCAGGCAUGAUGGGAGUUGUAGUCGAAGCGGCUGCAAGGCAUCAAGGGAAAUGGAGUCUCUCUCUUCUGAGUUGUCUGAAUUAUAUUAAUACGGCUAACAGUAUAUAUCGCUCUGUGCUAAACCCUUUGCUAAGCAUUGAGACAGCCAGGACCUAGAGACCAGCAGAUCAGGGAAUCCGGCGAAUAUUGCGAUCCAGCCCAGGACCAAGUGUUUCCCUUGAAAUUAAUAUUUCAGACACCAUUCGGACUAUAGGCACCCAUCCUCUCAGCCUGCUCAGUCCUGGUUCACUAGGACCCUCGGCUUUGAAUUUGCUACUUCCUCCCAAUCCGUCUAACCAGCGCCUCCUGCGGGCCAGUCCCUCUUUCCUGCUCUAGUUUAAAUUCCCAAAUCUAUCACCUCAGACACAUCUUUAACAGUAUCCUAAACUUCCUCGUUCCUCUGUCCUCUUGUGGCACCCGCUUGGCAAAACCUGAGCCCUGGAACAAUUCAACAGUAUCCCCCUCCCUAAGCCUUCUGUGGACUAGCUGAGUUCUCUCCUUCAUAGAUAUUUUCAUCAACUGAUGACCCUUCUCCCCCAUACCUUCAUCUUCUCCUUCAUUCCCAUCUUCAAUGAAACUUGCUUUUCUCCCCCAUUUCAGAAACAGCGACAAACCUUCUUUUACCCUGUCUUCCUUUACCAGCUCCUACCCUAUUACCCCUGUCCUCCCCUUCAAGUCAAGUUUCUGGAAAGAGUUUACACGCCCUGUCUCCACUUCCUCACCCUUCCUCUGCUGCCCAACGCACAAUAAACUAGUUCCUGCCUCCUGCCCCUAACACUCCCCUGACAUGCCCCGGUGUCACCAGGACACUAAAUCCAAUGGAUAUUUUUCAGUUCUUAUCUUGCUUGACCUGCCAACAGUGUUCAUCACAGUUGAGCACCUGAUACUAGAAACUGUCUCUUCCUCUGACUUCUGUGAUCUUUCUCUGUCCUGCUGGUCCUCCUCUCUCUUUGGCUGCUCUUUCUUAGGUCUACUUUUCUUUUUCUAGAGAACAUAUGGUAGGCAGAACAAUGGUCCUCCAAAGAUGUCCACAUCCUAAUCUCCAGAAGUAGUAAAUAUUUGAGGUUACAUGGCAAAGGAAUUAAGGGUGCAGGUGGAAUUAAGGUCACUAAUCCUCUGGCUUUAGGAUAGGGAGAGUGCUCCGGAUUAUCCAGGGGUGGGGCCAAUGUAAUCACAAGGGCCCUUAGAAGUGAAAGGAGGCAGGAGAGAGUCAGAGGGAGAUGUGCCUACUCAAGAAAGCCACAGAGAGAAGCAACCCUGCCGGCUUUGAGGAUGGAGGAAGGUGGCCCUGAAUGUGGGUGGUUUUUAGAAGCUGGAAAGGGCUGAGGAUCAGAUUUCCCACCAGAGCCUCCAGAAAGGAAUGCAGGCCUGGGGACAUCUUGAUUUUAGCUCACUGUUACCUGUGUCAGACUUCUGAACCACAGAAAAUAAUUUGUGUUUUUUUAAGCUAUAAAGUAUUUUCUUCAUUUAUUUAACAAAUGUUUGAGUAUAUGUAAUGUGCCAGGUACUGUGUUAGGGGCUUGGGAUAAGUCGGCAAAUGAGAGAAAUAUUCCUGCUUUUGUCUUACACUGUGGAAGAGGAGAAAGAACAUAAGCAAUUAAUAUAAUAAACAUGUAAAGUAUGUUGUUGGUGAUAAAUGCUAUGGAUAAAAUUUUUAAAAUCUGAGUAGAGUGAAGUGACUGAAAUUUUAAAUAGGUCAGAGUGGGCUUCAUUCAGGUGCCCCCCCCCCAGAGGAACAAAAGGUGUAACUUUAUUAUUCUAAAACUUAAAACUAAUAAAAUAGAUUCUUUUGUUGUUGUUCAAAUCUCUGUACCAGCAUCAUACCUUAAAAGUUUAUCGUGCAAACAUCUAUUUUUGUAGUGCUGAUACGUGGGAAACAUGCCUUUAAACAACCCCUUUCAAUUCUAUUCACUUUCAAUACAGCUCUGAUACUUAUAAUCACAUUAACAAUCAUCACCCCUAUCCAUUCCCAUGCCUUUGAAUUCAUCCUCAUUGACAUAUCUGAACAUAUUAGAUUAUCAUUCCCCUUCACUAGCCUCUGUCUAUCACUAGGUCCCCAAUAUUCUACAUUAUAUGACAUUGAUUUUACAUGGCUCAGGGAGUUCAUAGUAGUGGUAACACAGUAUCUCUUCUUAUGUGUCUUCACUUAUUUCACUCAGCACUAUAUCUUCAAGGUUCAUCCAUAUUGCCGUAUAUUUCAGGACCUCAUUCCUUCUUACUGCUGUAUAGUAUUCCAUCGUAUGUAUAUACCACAUUUUGUUUAUCC